AUUAAAACCUUUGUAUGGCUCAUAAGGAUAACAAUGAUUUAAAUUACCAUCAGUAAAAUUGUUGCACAAAAGAAAACAAACAUAUUUUGGUCUUCCUAUACCACUGCAAAAUCUUACUUUGGCAGUAGCUUUCAUUUUCCUCAUUUCUCAUAAAAUACUCUUUUGCUGUAUGAAAAAAAUGGACUGUGCUUCAGCUUUUUGUUCACUCCAGAGCUCAAGUUCGAAAGUUCCCUCUGAUCUAAUCACAGUUGCUCUGUAGUUUCCUGCUGUGAUCUUUGCACGAGUUAUAUGUUAUUAAUUAUUUUUGAUGUUAUUUGUCUUCUCAGUCUCCUUAUGAAACAAAAGAAAUUCCUCUACCACUUCAAGAACUUGCGCUGGGCCAAAGGCCGCCAUGAAACAUACCUUUGCUAUGUGGUGAAACAGCGGAACAGUGCCACAUCUUGCUCCCUUGAUUUUGGAUAUCUAAGAAAUAAGUCUGGUUGCCAUGUUGAAGUUCUCUUUCUGCGAUACAUUUCGACCUGGGACCUGGAUCCAAGGCACUGCUAUCGAAUCACCUGGUUCACAUCCUGGAGCCCCUGUUAUGACUGUGCCCGGCAUGUGGCUGACUUCUUGAGUGCAUAUCCUAACCUAUCAUUGCGCAUCUUUGCUGCCCGCUUAUAUUUUUGUGAGGAACGCAACGCUGAGCCUGAAGGGCUACGACGUCUCCACCGUGCAGGAGCUCAGAUAGCCAUCAUGACUUUCAAAGAUUACUUUUACUGCUGGAACACUUUUGUUGAGAACCGCAAGACGACCUUCAAGGCUUGGGAAGGGCUUCAUGAGAAUUCUGUGCGUCUUGCCAGGAGACUGCGUCGUAUCCUUUUGCCACUUUAUGAAGUUGAUGACCUGCGAGAUGCUUUCCGGAUGCUGGGACUUUAAGGUGCUGAGAUUGUGGGUAACACGAAGAAAAAUUUCUAGCCAUGAACAUUCAGGGAUCUUUGUCCCACUCUUUCCUUUGCUACUUUUGUGAACAUUGUCAAUCUGAGAAAAAAAUAGUCUUUCUGGAAAAAAAUGAGAAAGACCCUCUGAGAUUAUGUGGCUUUGCACAUAGCCUCCUGCAUACAACUCUUUCUGGGAGAAAGUAAAGUUAGUGAAAUUUUAAUAAUUUCUUCUUGAUAUCUAUUAGUGAUGAUAGCUAGAGAAAUGUACAUUUUAAUAUUAAAUAGAGUUAGAAGAAGUCUAGCCAAAGCUCUUAGAUAUUUGUUUUAAAUUCCAGAAUAUAGUCAUCAUUUAAAGGAAACAUGGUAGAAUAGGAAGCUAAAUCUGAGUUGUAACCUUGCUUUAGUAUGGACAACAUACAGAAUCAUUGACACAUCUUAUUACACAACGUCUAAGGGAGUCCCAUUGGAACUGGAUAGACUUGGAAACUGUGACAUGAUGCCCUAUUUGCUUGGCAUAAUCUUUCUGUCAUGCUUACAAGCUGGAUCUAUAUAGCAAGCAAUUAUUGCCCAAAGAACACUACAGUAGUCUGAUAUCCUCGCUGGACUUGGUGCUUACAGGUUUGCUCUGUGGUGUUGUUUUUACCAAAUUGUAAAGUUAUUGCAUCGUCUCACAUCACAGGUACAAAACCUGAAAUGAAAUAUGUUGGACUGGAAGUUAGAGGGACAAGA